UUUUCCACAGUCAUUUUAGGAACACUGUUCGGCCAAACGUUGCGAUCUAAGAGGCCCUCAAAGGGCUGCCAAACAAUGCAAUUUGAACGUUUCUUCCUCAUUGUAGGUUCAGCAAAACACUUUUUUCCCCCCACAAAUUCAGAAUUUGUUCAUACUAGAUCCUGUGAAAUCAGAACAAACCUCUGUUUGUUUCACUCCAUAGAAACUGAGUUGAGAGGUGAUGUCAAAGCGGAAUUCAAAUAAUUUAGACAUAGUACAAUGCUGACCUUUCUAAUUAUACUGCUGUGGUCUAUAUGUCGCCGUUUUAAUCAACAGAGACUCUGAAAAUGCAGAGAUGGCGAAUCCCCAUAAACAACACUUACAGCAUCAUGUCCAAAGCUGCACAGGAGAAAUGGACUUCGACCUGCCGCCUUCAGUCCCUCUCGGUGGCAUUCCAUGGGAGAGGGUUCUCUCGCCUCUGAUCCCUCGGCUAAGCGGAACACAGGGUCCGUAUACCUGGGCACCAUCGGAGCAGCAGAUUCCCACCACGGAACACACUGGCUCUUCGCAGGUCGCUUGUGAUCGCAGUGGGUUUACCGUACAUGUUGACGUGAAGCACUUCUGCCCGGAGGAGCUCACGGUGAAGGUGACAGGAGACUUUGUUGAGGUUCACGGAAAGCACGAGCAAAGAAAGGACGGGCCAGGAUUGGUGUCGCGGCAGUUUAACCGUCGGUACCGGAUCCCAGAGGGAGUGGACGUGGCCGCGCUGGAAUCCGCCGUGUCCCCAGAGGGCAUCCUGGUCAUCUGCGCCCCUCUGCUGCAAGGGGAAAGCUCCCGGCCUCUGCCUCACACUGGACCCUGAGCCUACGGCUCCAAAGGACGGACGGACGGACGGGCUAGGAAACACGCCUUUAGAGACACUGUGACCCGACCCAGAGAUUACCACAGAGCAAGAGCCCGAUCCGUUGCUGGCAAGCUGCUUGUGCAAACACAAUAACACACCACUCGGACUGUUACGUACAGUACAUCAUGACAAUGUAUUCAUCCAGAAAUUUGAUUUUCCACUUCCUUUCUUGUGUAAAUACUAUUAAUCACAGUAAGAAUGCAAAUUUAUAUUUGUUCUAACAUUUCAAACAAGACUUGCACACACACACUGCAGUCUCACCGCUUUGGUUCCCUGUUUGUAUCCCCAGACGGGUACGCUUACAAUAUGCCUACUUUUACAAAAGCAGCAAACCCGGAGAUUGUUGUACAGUUCAUAAUUGUUUAUUGUGAUAAAAAAAUGUGUGUGGCUUUGAAAAUGAGCAUACAAAUAUAUACAUAUGCUUAUUUAUGUACAAAAAUGAAUAUGUUAUUACUGUA